GUCAUCAACACUUAGUCCCUUCCUCUUACAACAAUGUCUAGCAAUAGAUCAAGUGGUAGAAGCCAUGAGAAUGAAGAUUUUAGCCUUAAACUUCAAGAGCUAUUAUCAACUAACAUGAAGAAGAAGACUAAGCUUUUGGAUGAGAUUUGCAGUCAUAUUCAGAGGCUUAAUGGAGAGGUUGAUGAUUUAAGUAUUCGACUAUCAGAGUUAAUGGCUUCUUUAGACAACAAUGGUAGCAUCAAUGCAGACAUCCUCAGACAACUUCUACAACAAUAGUUACGUACAAAUUUUUGUUCUUUAAUUUACUCAACUAAUGCUUCAACUCCAUGCAAUAAGAUAAAUGAAUACAGCUCAGUUUUCUGUCCUUGUUCUUUUACAA